AUGUUCAGCAAGAGGCCCCCGGCCACUGACGAGGAGCGUCUUGCCAGCUACGAGCUCGACUGGCCCUCGUCGCAGCGCUGGAACCCUCACUACAGCGUGCCGCGCAACUCGAUUGACCAGGAUCAUAUUGAGCCGCGCUUCGGCUCGGAGCUGGCAAAGGACGUUGAUCACAGUCGCCAUGUUCGACUAAGGAGGGCUACGCGCUCCAUGUCGUAUGGGAGGAGCAAGCGGGACAUGGACACCAAGGUUGCUGGGAUCCGAGAAGCCAUCCUCGAAGAUCAAGAGGAGCAUGAGGACUUCUCUAAUCAGGCACUCUGGAUCGAGACUGUUUCCGAGCUAUACAUGAAUGAUCUCGACAAUCGCGCGCGAUGGGAUCCUCGAUGGCUCAACAUCACACGCCGCGAGCGAUUCGAAGGGCUCGAGUCCGCUACCGUUUCGGUUGUCGACUAUCUUUCCGAUGACACUGUUCAACGAAGCAAACCGAUUGCAACCAAGAUGGAGCUUGCCACCGCGCUCGAAGAACGUCCUUCCGAUUCCCAGGUACGGGUCAUCAUGGUGAGCGACCUCAGCCGUUUCGUCAUGGGAGCUCUGGGUCAGCUGUACUCCAUCGACCCCGAGUUUUGGUACGAACACCUUGUCGCAUCCGGCUAUAGUGCCAGCGACAGCGGUCUGAAGCUAAAGAACGCUGUCUGGAUGAACUGGGCUGAGCGAGAGACCCGCUUUCGCCAUCGCGCCCUACCUGGGAUCGGUCAGCGUACGGAAUGGAACGUACCUCGAAGGACCAAGUCUCGAAAGUGGGCGCAUCUCCGCUGGGGUCGUUUGGGUCUCUUACACUACCUGGGUCGAAAGGGCUUCUAUGAGGAUGAGAUCGACAAACGAGUGUGUGACGGACGGUGGACUAUGGAGCGUGACGUUGUUCUCGACAAGUAUGGGCUACUAUUGACCGAGAAGAGAAGGAAGCGCGCAGAGGAGAAUCUCAAGGACCAUAAACGGAAACUCAAGAAAGAAGCAGAGAUGCGUGGCUUACCCCAGUCUUCGGUACAUCUCAAGCUCGAGAGCACGUCGACCAGGACCAAGACAACGAAUGUGUACCGGCCCUACAGCACGUUCCAUCCCGUGCUUCCCCGGAACCCGAGCUAUUGGACCAACAGAGAUCUCAGAGUCAUGGCCCCUGAGGGGAUGGGUUAUUGGUCAAGCAUGGACGAUCAGGGGAGAAAGACGAUUGUCCUAGUCUUUGACCCACCGCGUAGCAUGACACACGACAAGACGAAAGAGGUCACUCCAUCGCUCACAUUCAUGCCACGCGCUAUGGAGUUUGAGUCUUACACUGAAGAGGAACUCUGGCGAACUGCACAUCCCGACGAGACGUACCUCGAUCCCCCGCCGCCGGCGCGAUCCAAGAAGCAGAUCAAAGCGGAGAAGAAAGAGGCCAGAAAGCAGCGACUCAAGGACAAGAAGGACAAACUGCAGGAGAAGCUGGCCCAUGGGGAUGAGAAGACAUACGAGACCGACUCGUCGUAUAACAGUGACACGGAAUACGACGAGGAGUACGAACAGACUCUGCGAGAUGACUACAAGGCUCCGCAGCCUUGUGUCCGUGAUCGCGACUUUGCACGGAAGUACUCUUUGUCUACCUUGGACCUAGUCUACCGCUACAUCAGCAAGGUCCCAGCCAGCGAGCUCUGUCAUGGCGAUUCACUCAUUCCAUCCGUGCUUACGCGACUCGCCUUGGAUGAUCUCUGGCAGUUACUCGCCGAGUUCCGCCUAAUGCUCGACCACAUUGACGCCGAUCUUGGUGCUGACCUACACAUGCAUCUUCUCGAGUCGGCUGGGCUCAUGACAAGGCAGAACGUGGGCUGGGUUCGUUCAACGCUUCAAGAGCUGAGAGAAUGGAUAACACACAACAAGGCCACCAGUCUCGUCUCCGAUUCGCCUGAGUUGAUCGAAGAGUUGGGCGAGCUCAUGGCGGAUCUGCAAUCUCUCCAGUCGCGCUCUGAGCAGACACUCAAUCUCCUCGUCGCGUCGACAGGCCUCGCCCAAUCAACGCUUGUCAUUGAUCAAACCUCUGGCAUCAACAAGCUAACCGAGCUCGCCUUCUUCUUCGUCCCACUAUCCUUCAUCACGUCUGUGUUCUCCAUGCAGGUCGCCGAACUUACCGACACACCACCCAAGAUAUGGACAUGGGGACUGUCUCUCAGCUUGGUCUUUAUCGUGACGUACCUAAUACGCACUAUGCUACGAUCCCCAUCAAUACGGGUCUACGCCAUGUCGGCUCGGGUGACGAUGCUGAACCGCUUCACAUCAUCCCGCUCCGCGUCGCGUCGGCUCAACUCGGUGGGAAACCGCGCCAUCGCGCGUUUUCUCAUCCUCUUCUUCACAGUCGUUGUAUUUGUCUUUACUGUGGUCGGCCUGUCCCUUCUCUACCUCUUCUUCGUCUAUUUUGGCAUCUGGGCCGGCGCAAUAGGGACUGCGUUGUAUUUCAUCAUCACCCGGUGGCCAGAGCCGACCGUGCUGGCGCCGUGCUUCGUGUCUAUCGCGGUGGCAGCUGCGGGUGCUUCGGUGACGUGGUACUGGCACAAGGAAAUUGAGGAUCAUGUUUUGAGGGGGCUUGAGCGCACGCUUGAAAAGUUCAAGACUUUCUUUCCUGAGAGCUGGCUGUUGGAUGCUGUUGAUGACGAGGAUUUGGCACAGGAGGGAGUCAAGACGUAUGGUCGACAGGCUAUUGUAGCGAUAUGA